AAACCGUUCACUUCCUGUGUUUUGUGCCGUAUUGACAUCCGUCUCCCACAGUCUCACCGCCGAUCGACCGGACCUGCUCGGACUCUGUAGCGGCUCUUACCUCAGCCCUCAGGCCGGUGUCGGUGCGAGCGGAGGCGGCUGCCGCGGUACAUGAGGAGCGGGCGGCGCUGAGGAGCUCCGCAGCCGGGACAGGAGAGAUGACGGCUGGGCUGCUCUUGGUGGUGGUGGUCGGGGGGCUGCUGGAGGUCUGCGGCGGCGUGUCGGCGAACAGAGGAGGUUACCCUUCGUUUACAGACGAAAUCCCGUUUAAAAUCACCUGGCCAGACGCUGAGUUCACGCUGCCGACGUCAGGUGCACUGUACCGCGAGGAUAACUUUGUCAUCAUGACAACAACAGAGAAGGAGAAGUACAAGUGUCUCCUGCCCUCCCUGACAGGUGGAGAUGAGGAUAACAAUAAGGAGUACAGCGGGCCGGGGCCGGGUGACAUGCUGGAGCCGCUGUUCAAACGAAACAGCUGCUCUUACAGGAUAGAGUCGUACUGGACAUAUGAGGUUUGCCAUGGAAAGCACAUACGACAGUAUCAUGAAGAGAAGGAGACUGGCCAGAAAAUUAGUCUUCAAGAAUACUUCCUGGGAAAUUUGGCUCAUAAGAGCCAGUCGACAGAGACAGAUAAAGUUGAAGAAGCAGAAGAUGUCAAAUCAACAGCUGAAACAGAAGUGCCCACUAAGAACAUAGAGGGUCAGCUCACUCCCUACUACUCAAUGGAAAUGGGGAACGGGACUCCCUGCACGCUGAAAGAGAACGAGCCUCGCUCCACGUCGGUGCUGUACGUGUGUCAUCCUGAGGCCAAGCACGAGAUCCUGUCUGUCGCAGAAGUCACAACCUGUGAAUAUGAGGUGGUGGUGUUGACACCACUGCUUUGUGCUCACCCAAAGUACAGGUUUAAGUCGUCCCCGGUGAACGCAAUCUUCUGUCAGGCUCUGGCUGGCUCCCCUAUGCGACCUCAGCGGCUCGCCCAGCUGGACAAGGAGCAAGAGGAGAACCUUAAACCGCCUUUCAGCGCCACCUCGGAGGCGAGAGAGGAGGAGGCGCCACCAGUGAGGGAGGAGGCCUUCACCUCCACUCACAAACCCAUGACGGUUGGAGGGCAGACUCAGGUCACUGUGGGCACCACCCACAUCUCUCGUUUGACAGAUGACCAGCUAAUCAAGGAGUUCCUCAGUGGCUCGUACUGUCUGCAUGGGGGAGUAGGCUGGUGGAAAUAUGAAUUCUGUUAUGGAAGGCAUGUCCAUCAGUACCAUGAGGUAAGGGUCUUGCUUUGCAUCUGUGUGUGGAAGCUGGGCGGAUAA